GACAGCUGUGGGGGCCAGGUUAACUCCAGCCCUCUCACGGCACUGGCCACCAUGGGGUUGCGGCUGCUGCUCCCGCUGCUACUGCUCUGGACUCCGAGGACCCAGGGGUCUGAGCUGGACCCUAAUGGGCGGCAUGUCUGCGUGACCAACAGCCCCUCUGCUGAGCUCCAGUGCUGCCCAGGGUGGAGACAGAAAGACCAAGAAUGCACCAUUCCCAUCUGUGAGGGGCCCGAUGCCUGCCGGGAAGGCGAAGUGUGCGUGAAGCCAGGCCUCUGUCGAUGCAGACCUGGAUUCUUCGGGGCCCAGUGCAACUCCCGCUGCCCGGGCCAGUACUGGGGCCCCGACUGCCGUGAGAGCUGCCCCUGCUACCCCCAUGGCCAGUGUGAGCCUGAUACUGGCGUGUGCCGCUGCCAGGCCAACCGCUGGGGCAGCCGCUGCGAGUUCGAGUGCUCUUGCAGCCCUCAGGGGCGUUGUGACCCGAAGACAGGCGCCUGCUCCUGCGAGCCCGGCUGGUGGUCGACCAAGUGCCAACACCGGUGCCAAUGCAACAAAGUGGCGGCGCGCUGUGACCAAAACACGGGCUCCUGCCUGUGCGAGGCGGGCUGGUGGGGCCGCCGCUGCAGCUUCCGCUGCAAUUGCAAUGGCUCCCCUUGCGCGCAGGAAUCGGGCCGCUGUGCCUGCCGGCAGGGCUGGUGGGGCCGCGACUGCCAGCAGCAGUGCGAGUGCGUGCGCGGCCACUGCAGCCCCGCCUCCGGCCAGUGCGCCUGCCCGCCCGGCUUCCGCGGCGCUCGCUGCGAGCUGCCCUGCCCGGCAGGCCGCUACGGGACGCAGUGUAGCCACCGCUGUGGCCACUGCAAGCAGAAUGAGCCGUGCUCUGCAGACGUUGGCAGCUGUGAGUCCUGCGAACCCGGCUGGAACGGGACCCAGUGCCUCCAGCCCUGCCCACCUGGCACCUUUGGUGAGAGCUGCGGGCAGCAGUGCCCCCGCUGCCAGCUUGGGGAGGCCUGUCAGCCAGAUACUGGACACUGUCAGAGCUGUGACCCUGGCUGGCUGGGGCCCAGGUGUGAAGACGCCUGCCCAAGUGGCACCUUUGGGGAGGGCUGUGGCUCGACCUGCCCCACCUGUGUUCAGGGGGCUUGUGAUGCUGUGACUGGGGAAUGUGUCUGCAGCACUGGCUACUGGGGACCCAGCUGCAACGCUUCAUGCCCAACCGGCUUCCAUGGAAACAACUGCUCCGUCCCCUGUGAAUGCCCAGAGGGACCCUGCCACCCUGUCUCUGGGGCCUGCCAGCUCGGGCCUCGCGGCCAGGAUGCUGCCCUCAUUGCCGGCAUCCUUGUGCCUCUGCUGCUGCUCCUCCUGGGCGUCGCCUGCUGUGCCUUCUGCUGCUGGGCCGCCCGCCUGGACCCCAAGGACAGGCUGGCGAGAGAUGGAGCUGCUGUGUCCAGGAUGAAGCUCCAGGUCUGGGGGGCACUGACCAGCCUGGGCUCUGCGCUGCCCUGCCGUUCCCUCAGCAACCACAAGCUUCCCUGGGUGACAGUCUCCCACCACGACCCGGAGAUCCCCUUCAACCACAGCUUCAUCGAGCCACCCUCUGCCGGCUGGGCCUCGGACGACUCCUUCUCUUCUGAUUCUGAGUCUGGAGAGGAGGACGAGGGUCCUGCCUACUGCGUGCCACCCCGAGAAGGGAUAGUCCCUGUGACCCAAGCAGAGUCGCCGGAGGCCAGCCUGGUCGGAGGUCCCUUCCCACUCCCUGAGGAUGCCUCCACACCAUUCGCCAUCCCACGCACUUCCAGCCUAGCACGGGCCAAGCGACCAUCGGUCUCCUUUGCUGAAGGCACCAAGUUUGCACAGCAGAGUCGCCAAAGCUCAGGGGAGCUCUCCAGCCCACUCCGAAAGCCCAAGCGGCUCUCCCGGGGGGCCCAGCCGGCUCCUGAAAGCCAGGAGGCUGAGGGGUCCACAGGCCCUGAGCAAGCAGAAAGGGAUAAAGCCUCUCCUGAGGCAGCCAGCCCCAGGGAUUCAGCCACUGGCCACCGCCGGCUUCCACUUGGUGGCCGGACAGUGGCUGAGCGUGUGGAAGCCAUUGAAAACAGUGUCCAGGAGAGCUCAGACUCCGUAACCACAAUCUACAUGCUGGCAGGGACACCCCGGGAAUCGGAGGGCCCGGUCCGGUCUGUCCUCCGCCGUUUUGGUAGCUUCCAGAAAGGCCAAGCAGAGCCCAAGGUCAAGAGUGCCAUCCCCAAGCUUCCACAUCGGGCACUGAGUCGGAACAAGGGCAGCCCCAGGCUGGCCUCUGGCUCUGCUAGUCAGAGCGCUGGCUCAACCCCAAAUGAGGAGCUCACCGGGGCCGUGGAGUCUGCAGGAACCGGGCCAGAGGAAGCAGCCCGGGGAAAGAGGGAUGGCAUCAAGAGCUCAGGGAGGGUCCAGGAGCCGGCCCCUGAGGGUGGCUCCCCAGAACAGGAGCCCCAGAAGCUGGCUGGUGAGGAAGGGCAGGAGGAGCCCCAGUAUGAGAAUGUCGCCCCCAUCUCUGGGCCACCAGAGCCCUGAGGACCAUGAAUUUGGGGAGCGGGGAAACUAGGGAUGCAGGAGUAGGCAUCCCAACUGCCCUUGCCUCUGAUUGUGUUUUGUGCUGAAAAAAGGUCCCAGGGCCAGGAAAGACCUACGAGGACCUCUGCCCCUCUAUGGGGAAAUGUCCGAGGGAGAGGCCAGUUGGCUCUGGGCCCUGGCAGUGCUCCGGGGACGGUCUGGGGAGCCUGGGCAGAGAUCCCAUGGGAUGGGGUCAGGGAGGGGAACGCGACGGCUGCAGGGACUUUCUCUCUGUUGUCCUGGACUCUGUUUACCCCAAAAGGCUAUUCUUUCCUUCAUUUGCAAAAUAUUUUUCUGAAAUGGGAAACAACCUAAAUAUUUGACGAUAAAAGAUUGGUUAAAGAAAUAUUUUUUUAUGAUAGGUUCCUAAACAACCAUGAAAAAUUAUGUUGUGCAAGAAUAUGCAAUAUGGGAGACAUGGGAGAAUAUUCAUGCUAUACUGUUAAGUAUACACCUAAGUUUUCUUUUUAUAAAUUACAUUUCUUUUUGCAUCAGGAUACAUGUUUAGAAUUCUCCCUUUUGUGUAUAUUUUGUGGAUGGAUUUACAAACUUUUAAAAGGCUGUAUGUCCAUAAAGUUUCAGAGGAAAGACAUCAAAUCACAUUUUUCUCUCAGAUGAGAUUGAUAUUUAUUUUCUUUUUAAACUUCUGUAUAAUUUGCUGAUUUUUUACAAAGUGAACAUUCUUUUUACUUUUAUCAUUAAUUCUUUUUUAAAAAGCAAUACUCUUUGUUAAAAAUAAAUAGGACUAACAUCACAGACAUGUAUGAAGUAAAAAUGAGGUUUCCCUUCUCUCCAGAGGAGUCUAGGGGACCAGGGAGAGGCAGCUUUACUUUUCAUCGAAUGCCUUUUGGUCUUAUUCCGAAUCCUUUCGAUACACACUUGUGUUAACUAGUCAGGAAAUAAAAGAGUGGCUUCCCCUCCUAUCUCAGUGCUCAGAGGAUCUCAUGAACAGUUUAGAUACUUUCAGAAGUUUUUCUGUGCACAUGAAAACAAAAGAGCAUACUCUUCUGCAAUUUGCUCUUUUACUUAACAAUGCAUCCUGGAUUAUCUUUUGGUGUCAGUAAAUAUAAAGCUACCUCUUUUUACAAAAAAUGGCUACAUGAGAUUCCAUCAUGUGGAAAUAACACAGGUUAUUUAAACCAUCCCCUACUUACGGGGAUUUAGGCUGUUUCUAAUUGUUUUGAUACAAUAAAUGA